UGACAGACCGGUAGAAACAUAGAGAAAGUCAUUGCAUCUAUCUGCAUCAAGUUUAGAGAUUGUGAAGAUUUUAAUAACACUUUCAUCAAUUUAUAAGAUGCCUUUCAGGUGCACAGUAAAGGGAUGUCCCUCAAAAAUAAGAACACAACCAGGAGUUUCUCUCUUUAAGUUUCCUGAUGAUCCAAAUGUUUUCAACGAUUGGAUCAAAGCAAUACCUAAAUCUAACGAUUGGGAAUAUAAAACAUCUCAUAGAGUAUGUAGUCUGCAUUUUGAUGACCUUGAUUUCCAUCCUCAACUUGCUACAGAGAAACGGAGAAUUCUGAUAAAAACCGCAAUACCACAUAUCUUCUACUACUACAAUUAUAGAAAGUUUGGAGAAUCUGACGAAGAUUCCGAUAAUAUGCCAGAUUCGUGUUGCGUUGAAUACUGUCGCAAGAAGCGAGGAAAGAAUGCGGAUGUGAUUCUUUUCCGUUUUCCAAACGAUGAAGACGUUAGGAAAAAAUGGGUAAAGGCCAUUCAGAAAAUUUAUCCAAACUGGGCUCCAUCGAAAUGUCCGAAGAUUUGUAUAGAUCACUUCAAGGAAAAUGACUUAGCUGGGACUGGAGGAAAAAAUUCUUCAAAAAAAUGUUACUUGAAGAAGAAUGUAGUACCGUCACAAUUUAAAAGAAAAGUGGAUAAUUCCUGUAUAACCACAAUAGAAAAUUAUUUGAAGACCAGAGCUGCAUGUAUAGUUCAUGAUUGCGAUUCACAUCUCAGUGGGGAACCUGUCACUCACCUAGGCCUUCCAAGUACACCUGAAUUGAGACAGACUUGGAUAAAAGCGAUUCCAAGGCGUCAAGGGAUGUUUUUCAAUGAUAAAACACUAAUUUGCAUUAAUCAUUUCAAGACUACAGAUAUUAUGCGUCGAUCACGUACCAAUGGUAUCAGAUCACUGAGACCAAAUACUGUUCCUUCAAUUUUUCCUCCAAGUGCUGUUCUUCUCAAAGAAAAAGAACUAAAUGCCAUUAGGCUUGAACAAGAACGAAUGGAAAAAUCGAAACAGUAUUUCAAUGAUCUUACAUCAAACUUUGAAAAACUCAAACAAACUUACCUUGAAAGGAUCAAGAAAACCAUUCUUGGGAAGUUUCGUGCCAGAAUCACAGAUACCUACAUCACCUUCUUCCGGAUUGAUUUUAGUGCUAAUGGUGUACCAACAAUAAAAUCAACUUUAACUGUGUCCGACUCCAUGGAAAUCACUAUCACUAUCAACAAUCAGUUGGUUCAUCACAAAUAUUUUGAACAGUACAUGACCCAUGGGACAAAGUUAAUAACCUUUUCGCAACUCGAAAAUCUUCUCAAUGCAAUUUCCGUUGACUUCGAUCAGUGUCCAAGGCCGCAACUACCUUACAAAGAUUCUCUGAAGAGUCUAAAGAAAACCAUUACAGAUAUGGUUGAAGAUAGCGAUGAUUAUGAUGAUUGUGACUCAAAUGAAUUGCAAAUGCUGCUUAUUAACCUUCGAGAUAUUAUUUAUGCUCAAGGAAAUACUCCAAGAUAUCCUGUAGAAAUGAUCGUUCAAGGAGCAAAACUACUAAAUAUGGCUGGCACUUCCUAUAAUAUGAUCCGUCGCUUGAUUCUGUAUCCUGGAGAGAAGAAUAUUCUCAAUUACAUUUCGCCAGAUAUGAAUCAACUCCCGUGGAAUUCUAACGAAAGAAAAAUAUUACAACGAACGGAUGAAGAAAUGAAUACUUAGAUGUCUUGGACAAGAAAUUUUCGAAAAUGUGACAUUUUCGAAAAUGUGUGAUUUUGUAAAUAAAGGUUCAGCGAAUUGAA